AUGCAACAAGUCCCCUCGUCGACGCCUGCGACGCGCGGACCCCUAAUUGCCUCCUCACCCCGGCGAGCCGCCGUCGCCGCCGCCACCCCCGAAACAAGCCCAACUUCGAGUCCUCGCUCCCACCACCUCCCCACGCGUCUGCAAGAACCUUCUACCGCUCUGCUUGGCUCGACCUCGCAACGUGAUCACGUUCGGGUACCCAUUGCCGAAGCAUGGGAGCAAGACCCCUUUGCGUCGAUCAAUUCGUCCGGUCGGCCAUCUUCGGUCUCGGCCGAAUCGGACCCGCCAAUCCUGAAUCAGCCAUCAUCCUUCCGUCGGCCAUCAACGCAAUCAAACAAUAAUGAUCCUUUUCAACGUUCCAUUGUCCGUUGGUCACAACACUACCAGCAUGACUCCCCCGCUUCGCUCGACGAUUCUCCGCGUCGCGAUCACUCGCACGUUGACUUUCGCCCCAAAUCACAAGGCUCAAUCGACGAUCAAGAGCCGCACGAGGACACGUCUUCAGCCUUCCGUUUCGCUAUCAAUCCGUUCCGUUCGUCAUCCCCGACCCUUCAAACCUUUGCCGACCGAGCACCUCGAUUUCCGACCGACGAGAAGACCUCUCGACCGCACCGCUCGCGCCGAGCUCGCCACCCUCAGAUUCCUCAUACCUCAACACCUCCCAAAAGCUUUCGUGACCGCCCUCUAGGCAAAUACAUCGCCUGGUUCCUGAUCGUCGCCUUGGUCGCCGUCGUCGUCUCCGUCACCGUCACGCUCUCCCUCCGUUCAUCCCGACGAGCAAACUCCGAAGACGCCAUCGGGUCCAUCGGUAGUGGAGUCACCUACUCCCCACCACCCGUAUCCGCCUCUUCCUCUUCGCCAAUCCCAUCCUCGAACCAAGCUUUCAACGCGCUCAGCGCUUCCGCGAUUUUUCUCUCCUCAAGUACCUCCAACGUCCAAGCCGCGACCGCGCUCCUGACUGCUCCAAGUUCAGCAGCAGCGGUGAAUGCCAGCCCGACAACGACAAGUGCACCUUCCAUUCGAGCUGGAAGGGCUUCGAGUACGACGACAACGACGUCUGCGAGGGGGAAGAGGAUGAGGAGGGAACGAAGGGCCGCGCAUCCUUAG